AGCGAGAGGCGAGAGCAGUCGUCAGUCGGGUCGGGCCCUCUCCUCUCGCCACACUGGUUCAAUAACCCGCAGCUCCGGCAGUGGCCCACAACACCAGAGUAGCCCUCGAAUUCGCCGACUCGUCGUUUGCCGACGGCUGCGUGGCCGACGCCGAGAUGUGAACCGGACGACCCGCCGAGACUGCCUCCGUGUCCCACCUGCGACUUGGACACUAUUUUCCGCGCCCGACAUGCCGCACUGACGGAUCGGUCACUUUUUGGGUGUGCACCGUCAGCUCAGUGGAUUAUUCACGAAUGUACCACCGAGAGUAGUGUGUGCUCAGGCUCUCGGUUUUCGGCCAAAAAAACUGGUUUAGUGUCGGUUCAGCGACCAGGGUAUUCUGAGCAACUUAAGCCAACGGCUGAGAAUUUGAGCAAGUGACCAUGCCGUCGCUGGCGAGUCUGCUGAACGCCAGCACCACCAGCAUGCCCGACUACGACCUGGACGCAGCGGCCGCCCCGGAGGUGGUGCUGCCGCCACACCUGCCCCCGCUCCAGCCCGACACCCCCGCGCCGCCCCCGCCGUUCGAGCCGUUGAUCAAGUGCCACCACGACUUCCUCAGCCUCGAGUACGACCUUGCCACGGCCGUCAUCUGCGGCAUGUACCUCAUUUUCGGCGUCGUCUACAGCAUUUUCGGCUACCGUUGCUUCAAAGCUGUAAUGUUCCUGACAGGGUUCAUUUUCGGCUCCAUCGUGGUCUAUCUCAUUUGUCUCCAGGAAACUCUCCUUCCGCCGUACGGGAACGCAGCCGUUGCGCUGAGUGCGGGCCUGCUGUUCGGGCUGAUCACGAUGCUGGUGCAAUACGUGGGCCUGUUCAUGACCGGCUUCCACACAGGCCUCUUCCUGGCCUUCAUCGGGCUGGCCGCCGCCGACCCCUUCUACAGGCCGGCCUCGGCCUGGGUCACGCUGGCCAUCCUGCUGGGUGGCGGCCUCACGCUGGCCGUGCUCAACCUGGCGUGCCAAAAGUGGCUCACAAUCCUGGGCACCAGUCUCUACGGCGGCGCCAUUCUCGCCGGGGCUCUUGACUACUUCGUUGAGAAGUUUUUCAUGGUGUAUUGGCUGUGGGAGAGAGUGGCGUUAAAAGAGACUGAGAAGGUUCCUUGUUGGUUCAGCUGGGUCAUCCUCGGCAUCUGGCCCUUCAUGGUGACUCUGGGCCUGGUGACCCAGUGCGCAGUAACUGGCCGAGGAAUUUACCACCAAGAAAUGGUGCCGUCCAAACACGUAAGAAAUGCAGGUCAACAACCUAGGAUAAGGACCAGAGAACAAAGAGCUGAGCUGAGGCAAAAGAAGUAUAGAUACCUGUAUCAAGUGCGGACUGCCCACGGAGAUGUCAUUAGCCAGAACUACGUGCAAGCUCUGCAGAGGAAAGCCUGCCUGCCCGGGGAAAGCUCAACCCUCCAGUCUGACGCGACGCACUUGACCAUUCUGCCGGCCGACCAGUCACAGUUGGCCGCCCUCACUGAGUCGGAGGACGACUCACGCUCCAUGGCUGGUCUCGAGCGAUAAGUGAACGAACUCUCUCUGUGAUCGGGCGCACAAUUAAUUAAGCAGGACUCUGUUCGCGCAGCUUGCUUUCUUUCUCAAUUAUUAAUUUGUCCUCUAUACUAUAAAUAUCUCUCUUGUGCUGUAGUCUUGAACGGACUUGGUAAAAAAGUCGUUCUCAAUAUGUCAACUGCCAUUCCCAUCACAUCUCAUCGAGUGAAGGCUAAAAAGUCUGUGUGAUUUAAAUAUAAUUUUAUUUAUGUUUAACACGUUCGUGUAGCUGACAUUCCGCAUUGGUGCAUUUUUUCCUAAACGAUUUGCUCAGCAGCGCAAACACGAGAAGUCAGAGAGGAAAAUGCUUGUGAAGUUUAAAGAAAAUGCUUCAAAAUAUUCCACGAUUAUACUGAGAUUAGUGUUGUUUUGAGGAUCAAUUAAGUGUUGUAUAGUUAAAAUAGAUGAGAUGACACAACAUUCUAGAAACGUGCAGCUCCACUUUUUAGAACAAAAUUUUUGGCUAAAAUCAAGUUUAUUGGUAUAAAUAUUGUGAUCAGCAAGUUUUAAAACGUUUCUGAAGACAAUAAAAAUUGCAACCAGCCAAAAUUAAACAUUAAAAUAAUUGCCAGAGGAGGUUUUUCGACACUCAUGUGGCCAAGGAUCGGUACGGAAUAUCAAAAGAACCAAAAGCAGUGAAGUGCGUGCGUUUAAUAUCAUUGUGAUAAACUCAAGGCGAAAAAUACUGAUUGUUUGUAGAUAAGAAAUUAAUGGGAAGAGAGAACUUUUGGAAACUCCUUUUUCACAGCCACCCUCCCAAAAUAUUAAUUCCACGCGUGACUAAAUUGUAGCCACAUUGCACAAAACAAUUAAACGUUAUAGCGGCACGUUGGUCGCGAGUCGAUACAAACCAAACUCAAAUUUGUUUCUAGUGUGUCAGAGAGGACACUUUGACCGCCUGAAAUCUUGUAACUUUGGUGUGUAAAUUGACUUAAAUUUUU